AUGGAAGAGAACGAGUCAGCAACAGCGCGUCAGGGCGGCUCGUGGGAGGAGGUGGCCCGAGCGCGACGCGAGCGGCUCGCGGCAGCUAUCCCACCCGAGUGGGUCCUCUCAUCGGACCUCCUCGGUCGCCUGGACACCUGCACCGACGUGCGCCACGCCCCAGCAGAGGCCGGCUUCCUGUCGCCCCGCGAGCUCGCCCUCACCGACAUCGACGACGCCGCCCGCCUGUGCCGCAUGCUCGCAGAGCGCGAGUGUUCCGCCGUCGAGCUGGUGAUGGCCUUCUGCAAGCGGGCCGCCAUCGCCCACCAGCUGCUCAACUGCUGCCUGGACCUGUUCUUCGACGAAGCCCUCAAGCGCGCCCGCGUGCUCGACGACGAGCUCGAGCGCACGGGCCGGCCCGUGGGUGUGCUGCACGGCCUGCCCAUCAGCCUCAAGGACCAGUUUAACGUGGUCGGGCACGACACCACGCUCGGCUACGUCGGGCGCGACUCGCAGCCGGCCGACCACAACUCGACCCUCGUUGAGGGCCUCCUGGCCCAGGGCGCGGUCCUGUACGUCAAGACGUCGCUGCCGCAGUCGAUCAUGAAGCCCGAGACAGUCAACCACCUGAUCGGCCGCACCACGCACCCGGCCGACCGGCGGCUGAGCCCGGGCGGCAGCAGCGGCGGCGAGGGCGCCCUGCUGGCCUUUCACGGCAGCCCGCUGGGCGUGGGCACCGACAUCGGCGGGUCAAUCCGCAUUCCAAGCGCCCUGUGCGGGCUCUACGGCCUUCGUCCCACACACGGGCGAGUCCCUUACUUCCGCGCUGAGAACACCAUGGAUGGCCAAGAAUCGGUGCAUUCGGUCUGUGGGCCGAUGGGCCGGUCGCUGGAGUCGAUCGAGCUGUUCAUGCGGGCUAAUUCGCUGGCCCAGCCCUGGCUCCACGACCCCAAGGUGGUGCCGCUGCCCUGGGACGACGCCAAGGUGGGCGCCACGGCCAAGGCCGAGCAGCUGGUGUUCGGGGUGAUCUGGACCGACGGCGAGGCCACGCCGCACCCGCCCAUCACACGCGCUUUACGUGAGACCGUGGCCAAGCUGCGCGCCGCCGGGCACGAGGUCAUCGACUGGGACGCCUCCAGCCACCGCGAAGCGUUUGAGCUCGGCUGCAAGUUCUGGACCAUGGAUGGCGGCAAGGACUUUGAAGAGAACGUCAGAGCGUCAGGCGAGCCCCGCAUUGACGGGGUGUAUGUCGGCCGGCCCGAGGACGAGCUGAGCGUCUACCAGCUGAUGCAGCUCAACCGAAGGCGCUACGAGUGGGCCGGGCGCUACCUGGCACGGUGGAACGCGUCAGCCCAGCGCACCGCCUGCGGUCGGCCCAUCGACGUGAUCUUGUCGCCAGUGCUGGCCUUGGUCGGCGCGCCACACGAGAGUCUGCACCACGUGGGCUACACUAUCCCCUGGAACCUGCUCGACUUCCCGGCCCUCACGGUGCCCAUCGCCACCGUGGAGCCGCAUGGGCGCGACGCCGCGGCGCCGCUCGACUACAUCGCCGCCGAGGGCCGAGCUCCACACGGGGAGUCUGACGUGGCCAACCAAGCACUGUGGCAGGCCCGAGGCGGGGUGGAGGGAUUUGGAGGACUGCCGGUGGUGGUGCAGGUGGUGGGCCGGAGGUUUGAAGAGGAGCGCGUGGUGGGCGCGGCCAGGGCCAUUCAGCGUGCCCUGCUGUCUGCGGUGGAGGAGUAA